GAAAACAAACCGAAAGCGUUCGCUGAGCUGAAGCGGCGUCGGGUUAGUUUUGUUUGUUGGGUGGCGUGGUCGGCUGUUUUAGACUGCUUACAGACUUUACGCGUUUGCUGCAAAGUUUUUUUUUGUUUUGCAGUUUCUUGUUCAACGGCUGCCUUAACGUCCCUGUCCUGGAGUCGAGACGCGAAUAGAAGUUUCUUUUCCGUGAAAACGAAAGGGAGAGUCUUUAAGAUGCUGCUGGCUUGACUGAGUUUUCCCGUCCCCCGCUUUUCGACCUCGUUAGGAUGUAGUUAAGACCAGGAGAAAGGUCAGUGUAGGUUAGUGUGGCCGACCAUGGCAACCCGCGCUGCAAACAUGCCGAGCAACACCGCCGAUAAAGGUCUGGAUGAGAAACUCAUGGACGAGUACCUGAAGGCGAAUGGACUCUACCGGAGGAAGAUCGCCAAGGACGGCUCCUGCCUGUUCAGAGCCGUGGCGGAGCAGGUGCUGCGCUGCCAGGGCCUGCACACCAAGGUGCGAGCGGAGUGCGUGAAGUUCCUCAGAAAGAACCGAGAGCUGUACGAGUCGUUUAUCGAAGGUGAUUUUGACGAAUACCUGCAGAGGCUUCAGGAUCCACAGAGCUGGGUUGGGCAGGUGGAGAUAAGUGCGCUGGCUGUCCUUUAUAAACAUGACUUCAUCAUCUAUCAGAAUCCAGGGGAGCCACCGGUGAACAUCACAGAGAACGGCUACCCUGAUAAGGUGCUACUCUGCUUCCUCAAUGGCAACCAUUACGACAGUGUUUACCCAGUGUCCUUUGUCAGAAAUGCUGCUAUGUGUCAAUCUAUUAUCUAUGAACUGCUGUACGAUCGUGUGUGUGGUGUGGACCGGAGUGUGGUAACGGCAGGCAUGAAGGGGUCGAGAGCGAAGGACGAGGCUGCUGAUGUAGAGGGGUUUAAGGGUAGUGAGGAGUCCGACCUGGAUGAGGGAGAGGACUUCUGGUCAAGUGAAGCUACUGGCAAGACGACCAGCGUGAGCAACAGACCACCUUAUAAGGGUCGAGGGCGGGGCCAGUCCAGAGGAGGAGGUCGUGGCUUUCUACCUCGUGAUGCCCAGGAGUCCCUGAACCCUGGCAUCUUCAGGAAUGUGGAGUAUGAUGUGUGGAUGCGAUCCAAAAAAGCUCAGCAGAGGAGAGACUUCUGUAUGGCAGCAGGGAUGCAGUACACAGCUGGAGACAAGUGCCAGGUGCGUUUGACCAACACUGGCCGUUACUACAGUGCCUACAUCCAGGACGUCAGCCCUGAUGAUGGACCUGUUACUGUCUUCAUUGAGGAGCUCGGCGAGAAACACACUGUUCCGCUGUGGAACCUGCGCACUCCCUCAGAAGAGUCCUGGUCCACCGUGACUGAGAAGGGCAAGAGGCACUCCGUAACCAAUGGCAACGGAAACACAAAUGGUGGGAGGAAGCCAGCCAGGUCAGUGUCGAUUCCGUAUGCUUCCCAGGCUGCCGCAGGCUCCGCCCCCAGCAACCGAGUGCAGAAACAAUACUCUUGGCCCCCACAGGCUCCCGAAGAGGCUCAGUUCCAGGGAAAGAACACUGGAUCCAGGAAGUCUGAACAGGACGUUGGUGCGCUGGGGGUGUCGCCUGCGGAGAAAGAGGAGCUUCUGGUGUUGGAGCUUCUGCACAAAGAUGAGAACAACUUCCCAAGUCUUGAAGCCAGUGCACAGGCAGCGGCUGCUGCUGUCAGUGAGGGUGGCAAAAGGGCAGAGAGGAAAGGCUCCCGAAAGAAGGCAGACAUGGAAACUAAAGACCCAUCUCAGAGACCUGAGCAGAAAGCAGAUAGGGGAAAACAUGGAAAGAAAGGCCCUGUGGUUCAAGACCAAAGAAUCUCCCCUUCCAGCAAAGAGAAGCCCAACUCGUCUCCUCCCUCCACGCCACCUUCUGCUAACUCACCUGCUCCUUUAGCUCUUAAGGCCAAUAAAGCUGCCCCUCCUCCAUCUGCACCUGCUUCUGGUUCUGCUCAGGCCCCCCCAGCCUGUGCUCAAACUGCACCUGUUCCUUCAACAGCACCCCUUUUGUCUACUGAAAAUACCCCUGGACAGUCUCAAACUGCCUCUUUUGCACCUAUAACAACUUCUGGAUCUACUCAGGCUGUCCCUGCCCUGUCUCCAACUGUUGGGUCUAAAACAACUUCCAGCACCCAAUCACAAAAGGCUUCUGCCCAAGCCUCUGCUUCAGCCACAGUAGCACCAAGCCCUCAAAAUGCCCCUACCCAAACCCAAACUGCCCCCAGUGUGACUAACUCUGUCUCCAGUGCUUUGCCCUCUGCGCUGACCCCUAACCCUUCUAACACAGCCUCAGUAACUCCAGCUGCCCCUGUGUCUAAUUCUGUCCCUUUGCAAGCUGCCCCAGCACCCACAACUACCACUGUUCCUUCUUCACUCAUCUUCCUAGCAACCUCUGAACCUCUAACCACACCUACAUCUAAGCCUAGCACUACCCCUUUAUCUACCCCAACCACUUUACCUACCCCAGCCCACUCUGAAACUGACCUGGUAACCACCCUUGCCCUUCCCCAAACUACCUCAGCAACAUCCCAGGGUCCUGAACCUACCCCGGUUCCAUCUCAAAGUGCCCCUCCAACCACUCCUGCCUUGGUAACUACCCCUGCCCAAGUACCCACCCCCACUCCCUCUCCUGUUACCCCCACAUCAUCAGUUUCUGAUACUAAAGUGCCUGUCCAAACACCUCCUUGUCCAGCUGAUGUUCCAGGUGCCCCUAGUACUCCUCCUGCCCCAGUUUCUGUAUCUGCCCCCACCCUGUCAGAGCCUGCCCAUGCACCACACUGCAUUACCUCUCCUGCCCCAGUCAAUGUAUCAGCUGCCACAGUUCCACAGUUUUCCCCUGCUCAUGCUACCUUUCACCCUCUUGGGCUUGGUACUUUUCCCAUGAUUCCCCACUACCCCCCUUAUAUGCCCUCUGCACCUACAUCUGCCCCUAUGCUAACCCCCUCUGCUUCCAUUUCUUCUGCCCCAUCUCCGCUCUUUUCUCACCCCUCAGAGCCACGCCCAUAUGAGCCUGCAGCCUCACCUGUCGCAGGUGUUGGACCUACUGCAGGGCCCGAUUGCUUGCCCCAUGGCCUGGUCCCUCACCCCCAGCACCCCUUUCCCUUACCGCCACUUUCCCACCUAUACCAGGAUCCACUCUACCCAGGGUUUCCCCAGAAUGAAAAAGAUGAAGCUGUCCAGCCUCCAUAUUUGUCCCUCCAGCGCAGCGGAAAAGACCUGCCAAAAGAUCCGAGCAUCCUUAGAUUCUUCUUUAACCUCGGGGUCAAGGCGUACACUAACCCGAUGAUGCCUCCAGUCAGCUACUUGGCCCCGCUGACCCAUGCUUAUCAGAUUCAGCUUAAAGUUCCUCCACGUGCUCCUUCGUCCAAUCCUUACACUCCACCUUGGCAAUCAGAUAACCCACCGUCCAUGCUGCACAUGAGCUCUGCCCCAAACCACCCCCUCAUUGGCCCACCUGUUGGUCAUUUUGAGGUACGGAGUGCGGUCCCGGCUCCUCCUCCAGUGGAAGCUAGCAGUUACAGUGCCCACCCUCAUUCAGUGCCUAUGCAUGUGCCCCCUCAGCCAGGUGUGCCUUGGUCUAUUGCACCUUGUCCAAAUGUCUAUGCUGGAAUCUACUCUGCUCCCCAUACCGGUCAAUAUUCCGCCCCUCCAUGUCCACCCCAGAGUGGUCUGGCUUAUCCCUCCCCAUCUGUAGGGCACCAGCGGCCCCCAGUUCCCCAUGCCCAACAUCACGGGAGGGAUAACAGCAUGGUGACUGUUGCCCCGGCAAUUGAGAGAGGUGAGGGAGACGGCCAAAGGUCGUUGACCCCUCAGGUCGAAAAGCCUGUUUGGUUAGCUGGAGGUCAGCCACAUUCUGGGUGCAGAGACAACAAGCCUGCAGCUGUCCCCGUUGCCAUGGAGCCACAGCGGGGGUCUAGCGCUAGUCCGGUGGUUCAGAUGGUGUCUUUUGGCAGUGUGGCAAUGGAAGACGCAGAAUCAGCUAAGUUAGCCAAUGGAAACAGGCGAGAGGACAACCUCGCUACGAGCUUUCAGGGCGGAGCUUCUGUAGGGCUAAUCUCACAAGUCCAGUCAGGCUCCGCUGUUGACGAGUGGGACCUAGAGGAGGCGGAGUACGGCGAUGCAGAUCUGAGAAGUGGGCGGUCCUACUAUAGCCGAUCCUUCAAGGCAGGAGGGAGGCGGGGGCAAGAAGACAGAGGAGGAGGGUUCAGGGGGCGGAGCUCCAGAGCACGGAGAGAUUAUGGCGGACGGGGCAGAGCAAGUUUCAAUCAGCCAUAUUACCAGACAGGAUAUAUGAGGGGAAGGGGGCGGAGCUACGUUCAGCACUCUAACGCCAGAGAGGCGGGAUUUGCCGGUGGUCAGUUCACACCUGCAGCCGAAACCUGACGAAACCAAUCGGUUUGAUUUACUUUUAAUUCUCGUAACUUUGGUGUUUUUAAAAUAUCCCUUUAAGUUGGAUUAUUUUCCGUCUCUAAUUUAGAGGUUUUCUCUGCUGUGUCCGAUCCCUCCGAUGUAUAUAUGUUUGCAUGUGUAUCUGAAUGUAAUAAAAGUUUGAAAACGAAGGCCGCGGCCUCGUUUCUUCUCCACGCGGUAAAGAAAUGGAGACGAGCACUUUUUGGACAGCACUGAGUUGUGUGCGGUUUCCUCCCACUCCCAAGUGGACGACCCCACACGGCGCAUAAAUCUCACUGCUGACCUGAAUGUAUUGAACUUUGAUCAAAACUGGACGAGAGCCGAACGUCCUCAAUGCCUUUUGUUUACCAGUCACUUAGCUAGUUCAGUUGUCCUCGUUGGCUCUAAACUCGAUCUUCACGUGGCUUGGGCUGCCUGCAUUUAAAUUUGAGACGCUCUCAGCUGUCCCAGUACACGUAGACGGAACAUGUGGUUCUCCAAGUGUCCUAUUUUAAUGACUAUAAAUGCUGUAGCGUUUUCUGGGUUUUAAAACUCAGAAUUUCUUCUUAAGCUUUGACCUUCUUCAUUUGUUUUGGGAAAACCUUUUUAUUCUCCUUGGUGUGGCUUGGCCCUGCCCUCUCUGGAAGCUGGAAGAGGACUUGCCUGCAUCCACUCACCUGUCAAAUUCAGGAUGCGGGUGGAAAACUGUUGAUUUUUCUCUCCCUGCCCUCCCAAGAGGUACUGCUUUUGGAGUAACCAAACGAUUCAAGGCACUUGGAAUUAGGGCGACCUGAGUUGUUGGGACUCCUGCACCAUGGACUUUUCCCAAUGUUAGUGUCUUUCCCAGUCCUGCUCCUGGACUCCUGCUGCUUCACCGUGUUCCCUGCUCGAGCGCAUCAAGUGUACACUAAUGAAGGGCUGGCUAGGACUGAAAAACCCAUCUUUGGAAUUGCUUUUCCAAACUGGAUUCUUCCUCAAAGACUGCAUUGCUGUCCUUGUGGUACUGAGAGGAACACCCUGAUUUAAAGGCUUUUAAAAUCCAUCGGUUCUGGAGUCGUGCCUUAGCUGUGUGAGUUGCUUUAGCAGCUCAUUCAGAAAGCUGUUUUUGGUUCAGUCGCUAAACGUUUGUUUAAUUUGAAAAAGCACCUUUAUGUAUGUUACUAAUACUGUCCGAUAUUUUUUUUUUUUUUUUUUCUCUUGUACAUAGGACCCUCUGUAGACAUGGAAGUAGUAGACGUAGUGAGGAAACUGUGUCCUUUUGUAGUACGUGUUCUGUUGUUACUUGAGUGCCUACUGUUGUUGCAGAAACCAAAGAACUUAGGAUGCAGUUUUGAUAUGGAAUGUCAAUAAAUGCAAAGGAUGUUUUCUGUCCUGAAAAGUU